CCCCUGUAUCCUCUCUCCUCUCCUGUCUCCUCCUCUCCUCUCCUGUCUCCUCUCUCCUCCAUCCUCCAGCCUGCCCGACUGCCCGACGGAAAAAAUGUUGGCAAAACACCCCCUCCUCAUCGCGCCGAGAAAAAAAAUGGCGGACGAGCGCUAAAUCCACACCAGAAACAAACACGCGCUACAGAGCGAGACGGAGAAGAGGAGCGGGGACCGGCCCGCUCUCUUUUUGGACCCCCCCUCCCCCGCCUCUCGGUGGAGGAAAAGGCGCACUUCCACCGGCACAGGGGAAUCACCCCGGGAGGAGAAACCGCUGCUCAACGGUUAUGAGGUUUUAAGCGCCGGAGCCGCCUGUGUGUUGUGAGCUCGGCCUGCGUUGGAGCAUGAGGAAGCCUGCGCCACAGAAAGCCAUAGAAUGGAAAGAAGUCAGAAGGAUCAAGCAAGCCCGGAGCGGACGUCCCUCUCGGGUGCUCUCACAAUACCAAGGGCUUUUCAGUUGGGACAAAUACCUGAAGGAGACGGGUGCCGUCGCUGCACCUUCUGCUUGUUUCAGACAGAGCCUCGCGCCUCCGCUCAACGAGUUCAAGGCGGGGAUGAAGCUGGAGGCCCUGGACCCGCGGAACACCACGUCCACCUGCAUCGCCACGGUGGUGGGCCUGACGGGCUCGCGGCUGCGCCUGCGCCUGGACGGGUCGGACAACAAGAACGACUUCUGGCGCCUGGUGGACUCCUCGGAGAUCCAGCCGAUAGGCAACUGUGAGAAGAACGGGGGCAUGCUGCAGCCGCCGCUCGGUUUCCGUCUCAACGCGUCGUCUUGGCCGAUGUUCCUUCUGAAAACGCUGAAUGGAGCGGAGAUGGCUCCCUCUCGCAUCUUCCACAAGGAGCCUCCCGCCCCGGAGCAGAACUCCUUCCAGCUGGGCAUGAAGCUGGAGGCGGUGGACCGCAAGAAUCCCCAUUUCAUCUGCCCGGCCACAGUCGGCGCGCUGCGCGGCGUGGAGGUGCUGGUCACCUUCGACGGUUGGCGAGGAGCCUUCGACUACUACUGCCGCUACGACUCGCGCGACAUCUUCCCCGUCGGCUGGUGCACGCUCACCGGGGACAACCUGCAGCCGCCCGGCGCCAAAGUAGCGCCGCCCAGGAGCCUCGCGGCGCCGACCGACGGCAGCGUGGACAGAGCGGCCAUGCACCCGGCGCCCGCGGUGGGCCGGCCGCCGGGCCAGAGAGGACGGAAGCCCGGCCGCAGGAAAGCCAAGGGGACGGGCCUGUGGAACCAGAAGGGCUCGGCGGGGGGAGCGCACGGCGGCCCGCCGGGCAAAGCGCUGGAGCCCAUCAAGGUCCCCAAGAAACGAGGGCCCAAGCCCGGCAGCAGGCAGUUGGGCUGGGCGAAGCGGGCCGGCUGGCUGGAGGGCGCCAUGGCGGGUCCAGGACGGCCGGCGACGGGCCCGGGGCGGACCCGGGGCAGGUUGCCCGCCAACUGGACACACGGCUUAGCUCUGCAGCAAAACCAGACUCAGGCAGAACCGAUCAAGGUCCCAAAGAAAAGAGGCCCCAAGCCCGGCAGCAAGAGAAAACCCCGCGUGGCGCCCAAUCCUGUCCCCACGUCUCCGACCAGCAGCACCCUGGAGCCCGACACCAGCACGGUGCCCACGGACAACGCCACCAUCCCCAGUUCUGCCCUGCAGGCUCCCACAGGUACUCACAUAACGGACCCUUGUAUUGGUCCAGCCUUCUUCGACAAGCAGCAGCACACCUUGACCCUGCCGACAGUCAGCAGCGUCACGUACGUCCUGCGCUUCCUGGAGAAGCUCUGCCACAACCUGCACUGCGACCCCCUCUUCGGCAGCCAGCCUGUCGCCGGAGGAGCUGCGUUACACACACAGGCUGCAGAGAGAAGAGGUUUUGGAGACGGCCUGUCGACCGGCGCCAAGCGCUUCCUCAAAGAUUACAACGGCGCAGCUCCUCAGAAACUGUCCAAAGUGUCCCGGCUCUCCACUGAUGGCGAGUCCCCCGUGGAGGACACUGUCGCCGCGUCGGAGCACUUCAAGAAGAGCCCUCUGUCUCCGAACCGCUCGCUCCAAAGCGCCGGCCUGCCGUCUCCCUCCAAGCUGCUGCACCACAACAGCUCCACAGGCAGUUUCCGGGAGAGCCCGAGGCCGAGCGGUCAGGACCCCAACCUGUGGACAGUGGAGGAAGUCGUGAAGUAUAUCAGAGACAUCGACCCAGUGCUCGCCCCCCACGCUGACCUUUUCAGAAAACACGAGAUUGACGGUAAAGCCCUCCUGUUGCUGCGCAGCGACAUGAUGAUGAAAUACAUGGGCCUGAAGCUCGGCCCCGCCCUCAAACUCACCUUCCACAUCGACAAGCUCAAGCGGGCCUGAGGGGGGGGGGGGUCAGCCGACCAGCCGCGAUCCUUCCAAAGGACCGAGCUCCGCCCCCCCACCGUCCUGAUCCAGGAUCAGCGUACCGACCAUUUACAUGUAGCAUCAUGCGUCAGACCUCCACAGGUGGUAUUGCAUACCCUCGUCCUGACCUCAUCCAAUGAGGGUUUCUUAUUUUUGUGUAGCACAAUCCAGCCCCAAGGCAGCAUGGGAUACGUAGGACGACCCACUUGUACGUCAUCGGUUUUGCAUUUCAGUAUAACUUGAAGAGCCCCGCGGCUAUUUUAACUAUAAGAGGCUUUUUUUGGGGGGCCGGCUUUUAUUAGGUUACAUUUAUUCUGUACAUUUCAUAUUUUCUACUUGAUGGAUUUAUGGACUUGUAUUUUUAAACGGUUUGUGCGGGAUCUGCCCUGAAGAGAAGAAAACACUACAUGCAUCUCAAUACUUGGGAUGCCGCUGGUUAACGUCUCCGUGUGAGGCUCUCAAAACCACAACAGCAUUAAUCAUAGGGAGGAAAAACAGCUUUUAUAAAGGGAUGCGGAUACGGACUCAAAUAGCCGGAUCAGGUGACAAUCUGCGGAUCUAUUAUUAGAUACCAUUAUUCUAAUAAAUCAUAUUUCUGUACAUUUAUGUCUUCUGUAUUUAUUUGUUAUUAUUUUUUACAAAGUUUGGAAAGUAAUGUGGAAGCCUGGUGUUGCCUUAAGAAAACCAAUGAUCCCAAUGACUCCCACACACACGGACGCACCAAAUGCAGCGCUGGCAUCCGAUCUGCAGACACACAAACCGGCUCGUUGGCGUCCGUAUCGCCGCCGGGUUACGACGGCGCAUCCCUAGUUUUAUGAAAAUACUGCCAAUCUGUUUCCUUAUUCUUAUUCUGGAUGUUGUUUACAUGUUUUGUCUUUGUACUUUUUUUAAUUUUUAUACUAUAUUAGAGCUCCGACCUUGAGAGCACUAUCGUACUUUACAUUGUUCAAUAAAUAUAUAAUGAGUCAA